CGGGAGCGCUCCCCCGCGGCGGUGCACGCUGAGACCAUGGCCGGCCCCCGGCGCCCCUCGGCGGGCGCGCGUCUGCUUCUGCUCCUCGCGCCUCUACUGCUGCUGCUCCGCGGCGCCCACGCAGGCAACCUGACUGUGGCCGUGCUGCUGCCGCUGGUCAAUACCUCGUACCCGUGGUCGUGGGCGCGCGUGGGGCCGGCGGUGGAGCUGGCUCUAACUCAGGUCAAGGCGCGGCCCGACUUGCUGCCUGGCUGGACAGUCCACACGGUGCUGGGCAGCAGCGAGAAUGCGCUGGGCGCCUGCUCGGACACCGCCGCCCCCCUGACCGCGGUGGACCUCAAAUGGGAACACAACCCCGCGGUGUUCCUGGGUCCGGGCUGCGUGUACGCGGCCGCCCCGGUGGGGCGCUUCACGGCGCACUGGCGGGUGCCAUUGCUGACGGCGGGCGCCGCGGCGCAGGGCUUCGGGGACAAGGACGAGUACGCACUGACCACCCGCUCGGGGCCCAGCCACACCAAACUGGGCGACUUUGUGGCGGCGGUGCACCGACGGCUGGGCUGGGAACGCCAGGCGCUUGUGCUGUACGACUAUCGGCCGGGAGAGGACCAGCCCUGCUUCUUCGUCGUGGAGGGACUAUAUAUGCGGCUCCGCGACCUCCUCAACAUCACAGUAGACCAUCUGGAGUUCGCCGAGGGCGACCGCGACCACUACGCCGCGCUGCUGCGGACCGUGCGGCGCAAGGGCCGAGUUAUCUACAUCUGCAGCUCCCCAGAUACCUUCAGAACUCUGAUGCUUCUGGCCCUGGAAGCUGGCCUGAGUGGAGAGGACUAUGUUUUCUUCCACUUGGACCUCUUUGGGCAAAGUCUACAAGGUGCACACAGCCCUGCACCCCGGAAGCCCUGGGAGAGAGGGGAUGGUCAGGAUGCCAGUGCCUAUAAGGCCUUUCAGGCUGCCAAGAUCAUUACCUACAAAGAGCCAGAUAAUACUGAGUACUUAGAAUUCCUGAAACAGCUAAAGCACUUGGCCCAUGAGCAGUUCAACUUCACCGUGGAAGAUGGCCUGGUGAACAUCAUCCCAGCAUCCUUUCACGAUGGGCUCCUGCUCUACAUCCAGGCAGUGACAGAGACUCUGGCACAAGGGGGUACUGUAACUGAUGGAGAGAACAUCACUCAGCAGAUGUGGAAUCGCAGCUUCCAGGGUGUGACAGGAUACCUGAAAAUUGACAGCAAUGGAGAUCGGGAGACUGACUUCUCCCUCUGGGAUAUGGAUCCUCAGACUGGUCUUUUCUGGGUUGUACUCAACUACAAUGGGACUUCCCAAGAGCUAGUGACCAUGCCAGGGCGCAGACUGAACUGGCCCCUGGGAUACCCUCCUCCUGAUAUCCCCAGAUGCGGCUUUGACAAUGAGGACCCUGCCUGCAACCAAGAUGAUUUCUCCACCCUGGAGGUACUGGCUUUGGUGGGCGGCCUCUCCCUGCUCAGCAUUCUGAUUGUCUCUUUCUUCAUAUACAGGAAGCUGCAGCUGGAGAAAGAGCUGGCCUCAGAGCUGUGGAGGGUGCACUGGGAGGACUUACAGCCUAGCAGCCUUGAGCGGCACCUGCGGAGUGCUGGUAGCCGGCUAACCUUGAGUGGGAGAGGCUCCAAUUAUGGUUCCCUGCUAACCACAGAGGGCCAGUUUCAAGUCUUUGCCAAGACAGCAUAUUACAAGGGCAACCUCGUGGCUGUGAAACUCGUGAAUCGCAAACGCAUUGAGCUGACAAGAAACGUCCUGUUUGAACUGAAGCAUAUGCGAGAUGUUCAGAAUGAACACUUGACCAGGUUUGUGGGUGCCUGCACUGAUCCCCCCAACAUCUGCAUCCUCACAGAGUACUGUCCCCGGGGGAGUCUGCAGGACAUUCUGGAGAAUGACAGCAUCACCCUGGACUGGAUGUUCCGCUACUCCCUCACCAGUGACAUCGUCAAGGGUAUGCUGUUCCUACACAAUGGGGCCAUUUGCUCCCAUGGGAACCUCAAGUCCUCCAACUGCGUGGUAGAUGGGCGCUUUGUGCUCAAGAUCACUGACUAUGGGCUGGAGAGCUUCAGGGACCUGGAUCCUGAUCAAGGACACACCCUCUAUGCCAAAAAGUUGUGGACAGCUCCUGAACUUCUUCGAAUGGCUUCACCCCCUGCCCGGGGCUCACAGGCUGGCGAUGUGUACAGCUUUGGCAUCAUCCUUCAGGAGAUUGCUCUGAGAAGUGGGGUCUUCUAUGUGGAAGGCUUGGAUCUCAGCCCCAAAGAAAUCAUCGAGCGUGUGACUCGGGGUGAGCUGCCCCCCUUCCGGCCCUCCCUGAACCUACAGAGUCAUUUGGAGGAGCUGGGGCAACUGAUGCAGCGGUGCUGGGCCGAGGACCCCCAGGAACGGCCGCCCUUCCAGCAGAUCCGCCUGAUGCUGCGCAAGUUCAACAGAGAGAAUAGUAGCAACAUCCUGGACAACCUGCUGUCCCGUAUGGAACAAUAUGCCAACAACCUAGAGGAGCUAGUGGAGGAGCGCACUCAGGCCUAUCUGGAAGAGAAGCGCAAGGCCGAGGCCCUGCUCUACCAGAUUCUGCCUCACUCAGUGGCUGAGCAGCUGAAGCGUGGGGAGACAGUCCAAGCUGAGGCCUUUGACAGCGUCACCAUCUACUUCAGUGACAUUGUGGGUUUCACAGCCCUGUCGGCAGAGAGCACACCCAUGCAGGUGGUGACCCUGCUCAAUGACCUGUACACCUGCUUUGAUGCCGUCAUUGACAACUUUGACGUGUACAAGGUGGAGACAAUCGGCGACGCCUACAUGGUGGUGUCAGGGCUCCCGGUGCGGAAUGGGCGGCUGCACGCCCGCGAGGUGGCCCGCAUGGCCCUGGCGCUGCUGGACGCUGUCCGCUCGUUCCGCAUCCGCCACCGGCCGGAGGAACAGCUGCGCCUGCGCAUCGGCAUCCACACAGGCCCCGUGUGUGCUGGUGUCGUGGGGCUGAAGAUGCCCCGAUACUGCCUCUUUGGGGACACAGUCAACACAGCCUCCCGAAUGGAGUCUAACGGAGAAGCCCUGAAGAUCCACUUGUCUUCUGAGACCAAAGCUGUCCUGGAGGAGUUUGGUGGUUUUGAGCUGGAGCUUCGAGGCGAUGUGGAAAUGAAGGGAAAAGGCAAGGUUCGGACAUACUGGCUCCUGGGAGAGCGAGGGAAUAGCACUCGAGGCUGA